GACCUGUCCCAGCAAUAUGUUUUGAAGAUCUCAUAUACAUGUUGCAAUUUCGCUACUUCUCUUGGCUACCUCAAUAUAAUUGUAUGCUUUGGCAGACAUACUUCUUUCACCCCUUUCGAGGCCACCAUUGCGAAGAGUGAAGCGAUCCCCGCUGGAUUUCCCCUCAUUUGCGUUAUCGUGCAGGACAUCACUUAUACAGUUUGCCAAAACAACCACUUGCGGCACUUUCCCCCUAUAUCGUGAUCCUGCUUCAGUAUAUAAUUCCCUACAAGGGCGGGGGACUCAACAAGGGUCAGCGGAGCAUCAAGCAUUUGGUUCUGCUGCCUAAGCAAACACCGCAGGUCAACUAUGGUUUUCUGUGGUCGACCCUCCAAAGGAUGCCAUGCAUGCCGAGCUAAAAAGACAAAAUGUGAUGCAGUACCCACUGGAUGCACUCAAUGUUCGAAUGCGGGUCGAGAAUGCCCAGGGUAUAGAUCGCAAAUUGACCUAAUUUUCCGGGAGGAAACCCAAAACGUCAUUAAAAAAGCAAAGGUAAAACACGAGAAGGUUAAGCAAAAGAGCGCGAAAUCUGUUUCUCCAAACUCUACUACUUCUUGUUCAACUACUCCUUCGCCAUACUCAAGUCGAGGAAAUUCACCACACGACAUCGUUAAGGCUCCGCAAUUCAAUCAGGUUGUGUCUGUCAAUUAUCUCAACAUAACGCCAUCGAUUGAAGAUAGAGCUACCGCAUUCUUCCUAUCAAACUAUGUGAUAGGCGAUAAUGGUCCCACUCGAGGACAUCUUGAUCAUCUUUCCGAUUUAUACGAAUCCGAUAGUAUAGAUGAUAAUCUUGUCGCCGCAGUUCAAGCAGUGGGUCUGGCCGGUUUUGCACACUCGGCGAAAGCUCCCCAUCUUAUCAAUCAAGCACGCGUACAAUAUACCAAAUCACUUCAGCUUACCAAUGCUGCCCUUCAAUCUCCAACUGCCGUCAAGAGAGACAGCACUUUAUUAGCAAUAUUGAUCCUUGGCAUAUUCGAAACUAUCACAGGAAAAAACCAAAAGUCAAUGAAAGCAUGGGCAGAACACAUUCAUGGUGCUGCGGCAGUUGUCAAGCUUCGAGGCCCGGAAGCUAUCAAAAAAGUCGGAGGCAUACGCUUGUUAGCACAAGUGACUUCAAGCCUGCUGAUAUCAUGCAUUCAGAGGGAUAUCCCAAUACCCAAAUACAUCGUUGAAAUUACAGAAUUUGCACAAAAUGAGAUGACAAAUAUUGAUCCGGCCUGGAUCGCUCAAAGAAUAAUGAUUGACUACACAUCUUUCAAUGCUAGAUAUCACGCAGGCUAUUAUAGUGAUGCUCAGGAACUUCUUGAUGAUGCUGAGGCCUUAGACGAGAGAUUUCUCGCCUUUUUUACAAACAUACCGAAAGGGUGGGAAUAUACAAUAGUUCAGACAGACAAAGAUUCGGAUGUUGUGUUUGAUGGCUAUUACCACGUCUAUUACGAUCACUGGGUAGCUCAGAUUUGGAAUGCAAUAAGGGAACUCAGAAUUUUACUCAAUGAAACGAUCAGAGAGGUCUUAUUGAAAGAUUUUACUUCUCCUGUACCAUCCUUGCUUGGGUCCGAAUACGCAGAGCGAUUCCAAAUUUGUACUGAAAUAGUCUACCACCUACAGGCUGAAAUUCUUGCAAGUGUACCACAACAUAUGGGCUACGUUUCGAGAAAAAGUGCGAAUCCACACCUCUGGAGUGGCUUCGAGAAAGAUGGUUUUGGAACGGAUGUCCCUACCAUUAGAUUCUCGGGUGGAUAUUUUUUAAUCUGGCCACUAUUCCUAGUAGGCAAUUUGCGACUAUCGACUCCAGAGGCUAGAGCGUUUUGUGUUAAGAAUUUGCGACAUAUUGGAACACAGAUGGGGAUUGAACAUGCAAACCUUCUGGCUAGUAUUGUGGAAAAAAAGAUUCCUGUAACUGUGUGGGAAGAGCAGAGACCACAGUUCUCUGAUAGAAUUGUGGAUGUAGAUUCUGCCAAUCUUUAUGAGAACCAAAAUCAGGGAAUGGAGUACAACCACACAAUCCCUGUUUAGGCUGUCAAGUUUUGCUUCAAUUCAAAGCUGGAGAAUUAUUGCUCAACCCACUCAUGGCUAGCGAAUCAUGGCAUGAUGGUGAUGGCAUCUUGGUGAAGCUGACAGUAUGAGAAACCCCUCUUAUUGCGUAUCCCACUUUCAACAUCCGCCAAUUAGUCCAGUGCAUGACGGAAGGCAAGGCGGGCAAAUCUGGAAGUAUAACGGCGGCCGUGGCGGUGGCCCUGACAUGAGACAAAACAAAAAUUUCUAUUGGUUAUUUCAACAUUUGUGCCUCCAUGUUCGGACAUAUCCAAACAUAUUGUUCAGGCGAUUUGCUGCUUUGCCCCUUUGUCUCCGGUAUAUGGCAGAAAAUCUUUUACGCAAAAAGCAGUUUUGUGAUGCGAGACAAGAUUCAAAUCGUAGCCGAAAAGGUUUUACAAAACUAUUUGUCGCAUGUGGUGGUAUAGGGAUAGCGACAGUAGAAGAUGAUGAUCCUGGUCCAGUAAUCCUAUAGAAUCGUUUUAUUAUACGACAAAUAUACCCUUAUUUCCAAUGAUAUAUACAGGAAGAGCUAUGGUGAAACCCAUGGUGGAGACGGCAAUUUAGCAGUUCUGGAAGCCUUUCUCGUGUUUGGAUUCAUGCCAGGGCAGAUUUUAGAUUGGAUGCCCAAAAAAGACUUAUAAGAUUUUCUAAUCUUCUUUGCAGAUAUGUCAUGGAUAGGCAAAAAAUAGUCAACAAAUUAGCCUUUCUGACGCACAGGCCAAAACACAACAUAAGGAAGAGGUCAUGGACUGUAACAGUUUGUGGAUGGGCUUAACCUGUAAAUUGAGUAAAACUUGUGUGAGUUGGUGGUUAUUUUCUGUUUAGUUCGAGGUUAUUCAUUACGAUAAAAUCUUAGUUUGAUUGGAGGAUGAUUAUUCUGAAAGCAAUUUUGAUACUUACAAUGUCAAUAAGUUCUUUGUAGUUCAUUCAUGAGUCUGUUUUUUUAUCAUGUUUCUCUUCUGCUGCUUUUUGAGAUAUACACAGUAUCGUCAUAAAGCUACUUCGUCACUCCUUGUCAUGCUGUCAUUUUCUGUUCUUAAUGCACGUUUUGGAAUCAUUCAUAGUUUCUGUCCAAGAUAAUGUUGUUUAAGCUCUGGGCGAUAACAGCACUGUUAUACAUCAUACUAUGAUAUCAUGUUGUGGGGUAGAAGAUUUCAGAUAUAUAACAUGUCAGCUUUGAUGUAUCUUGCUGUUCAAUCGGAAACUGGGCUUGAAACAUUUGCAUAGCUUUAGCUUGAGCUCUAUCUUGAGAGAGGUCCUGAGGCUUAGAGCCGGACUAUAUUGUGGGGUGUAAGAUUUCAGAUAUGCAACAUACUCAAGCUUAGUGAGUCAACAAAACUAGCUAUCUCCGAUGAUCAUUUUACUGGAGAGGUUCUGCAUCAUCGGGAUGGGUUUUUGAGAUCUGGUGGAGCCUUCUAUUUUACAGAGAAAUAGGCUCGGAAGUGGACGGAACAUAAGAAAAUGCAGCCUUUUUACUAUCAGUCCUGGUUCAUAAAAUUCGAAGCGAGCUUUAAACUGGCACGGAAGCCCCUUGGCUGUGCUAAGCUCUUCGAAUUACCCACACCUGAUAUUAUAACCAGACCUACCAGUGAUUCACAAGAGAUGACUAGUAUAUGAGUCUCUGAAUACCUAUCUCUAUUGAUUUAAUAAUGGAGUUGAACUAAACGGUGGGGUGUGGGGUAUCAGAUGUGCAACAUUUCACAUUGUAUAUUUUAUCGGAGAAGGGCGGACCACAUGGUGGGGUGUUAAUUUUAAUAAUACUCAAACCGUAUAGUUAUGUUAUAUCUGGGUAAAUGAAGCUUACGGAAGAAGACUCCGUGAUCACGAGUGGAUAUAAACAAUUGUGAGAAAGCUAAAAUGGCAAGAAACAUGGAAAGAAGCUAGGCGUCGUCCUUCUGGAGACUACUUUUUGGGAAUUGAGUGAUCUAGAAUGAACGAGAAAUAUCAUCAUGGCCGAACUAAAUGGUGGGGUAGGGGCAUUCAGACGUGCAACAAAAUCGAGGAAAAUAUAUGCACUAAAUAACGGGGUAGAGAGUUUCAGAUACAUGACAUACCAACGGCCCUGUAAAUCACUUUCUGAAGCCAGGUAUGAAGCCAAGCAUCAAGGAAGAGUAUUGCUACAGUUUUUGGAUGACUUGGGGAUUGGGUCAUGGAUAUGUUCCUGACUUGGGUUUGAUCAUUUAUCUGGAAGACUGUUCACUUGAUAGUCUCUCAAUGGAACCAUGGAAUUAUGGAGUUCAUUUAUCACACGGAGACUUUGGGGCUAUUACUCCUUGUUGUAGUAGUAAAGCGAAGGAAAACAUUAGAGUCUACUUGAAGACUCCAGUAGAUGGAAUACGGGCAUUUCGGGAUCCGUAUUUUCAGAAGGUUGCGUGAGAGCCAUCUCGGCUGAUUGUCAACAUAUGGGAAUCCAGUAUCUUGCCCAUUGUUUACACAAAUUUUGAGAGAAAGUUCCAUGUAUUACUAGUUUGAUGAUUAUUUCCCAUCUUCCAAUUUCAGUUUUUGCA